AUGCCUGCGCUAGUCAACCCCAACGAAAAUACCUCAAAGCCCUUCAUCAAAGGCAUGCCUAUCACGCCUUAUGGCACAAUACCCAAACGCAGCAAGACCAGAAGCAACAAGAACCGAAAUUCCAUCAGCAAAAAAAGCUCUUCCACUGCCACUGUCAAUAGCACACCCUAUCCAUUCUUCUCGUCGCUGAAAUCACCUUCAUCCACAUCGUUCCUAUCAUUCAUCAAUAACCUGUUUGGCAGCGAUCAGCAAUGUAAAGAGGUGGGCAUUCCUGUAGGUUUCAUGCCUUGUAAUACCCAUCAUACCAGCAAGACACAAAUGUCCCAAUUAGACAUAAUUGUACCCGUGCCAGUCAGCAACCCCAUUGAUUGCUACUAUAGCGACAGAGGAAAUGAUUCCACAUAUCUUGACAAUUGUAGCUCCUUUAGUACUAGCAGCAGUAGCAGUAAUUCGGACAGCUCUUUGUUCUCAAUGUACAUGGAUGACGAUGUCAGAGAUCAAGUUAGAAACGGAUUAACAAAUGACAGUUGCAUGAGCACCACCGCUUUAUCCGACAUCUUAUGUGACCAUUACGUUCAAACACAAAUGAAUACACCAUCCAGCAGCGAUGAUUUUAUUGAUGUGCCGUUAGAAACAUUCCGCAUUUUCGAGGCACCUUCCCAAUCUUCUUGCACUUCCUACUCCUCUUCCGCCAAUGGCAAUCAAAACUGGAUGAUUGGUUCUUUGCUGCUGGAUGAACCACCAAGAGAAUGGACUCUGGUAGAAACAUUGUCAAAGCAACCGAAACGAUUGCAACCGAAAUUGCAAUCACAACAAUCACGAAAACAACAGGAAAAAGAGCAACCAGGGGAAGAGCAAAAGCCAGAAGAGCAAGUCAAAGUGGAAGAACAACAAAAAGACAUUGUUAUCAUGAAUCGAUACUACCAUGACCGCGAUACCCGAGCCAAUGCAGCUUAUUUGAGAAUGAUUGUAGCCGAAGUGAAUAUGAUGCGUUCCCAGAAGAUUGUUGGUCCCUUGAGACCACGCAGAGUGCUUCCGAAGAGAUUAGACAGAUUUAUGCACCGACCCAGCCCACUACAGUUAAUCUUGGUUUAA